CUCGCGAUAGUUGGUGUCCUGGUGCCCUUGUUCGUGGAUCCAAAAUGGGUUACUGGGACCUGCAGGACGGCAAGGACUGUGUCCAGAAAACAUGGAUCACUACUAAACUGAGCGCUGCCUUGGGCCUGGUUGGUUCAGCUUAUCACAUAAUAGCAUUUCAGCCUGAUUCUGUUAUCAAGGCAAUAGAGAGAGCAACAGCUGCGACAGUCACAAUGGCUUCUCUGGGCGCGAUCUUCGGCAUGACCACCUGUUUGAGCGCACAGGUCAGGGAGAAGCCGGACGAUCCGCUCAACUACUUCAUUGGUGGCUGCGCUUCUGGGAUCUUUCUCGGAACCCGGACUCACAGUUACAUGACGGGAACGACAGCCUGCCUGGGACUGGGCACGUUGGCGGCGUUCACCAAGAUCGGAAAGAUGGAAGGCUGGAAGAUAGCAGGCCCACCGGAGCUGUAAAUGCACUGACAUGUAAAUCAAUGAAGAUUAUUGUUAAAUAAAUGUAUUUAAACAAAGA